UAGAAAAGCCAAACAAAUAAAAUGGUCAAAACAGAAUAGAGCAGCCUUCCGGACAUUCAAAAUCCGCUUUUCGACCGUGCCAAAAGAAAAGACUUUUAAAAUAAAGCUCAGACUGGAAUCCCAGUUGAAGACAUCAUGCUUCGUGGGGUUGCCAAGAGCAAUGGUGCUGCCACCAUCAGGAACAACACCGACGUUGCAAGACGCAUUUGGCCCUACACACCCUACCGUGAAGCCAAGCUCACAGGAAAGCUGGAACGUCGGCUGGAUGGUGAUGGUUCUUGUGAUGCCAUUGAAACGUUUGAUUUUGCGAAUUUGGAUGAAGAGAGCUCCAUCUUUGACUUGCCGGGUGGACUGAAUGCUAUGGAUCUCGUCAAGAGGCAAAUGGUGAAAGCCGAGGAAAGGAGGGUCAACAGCCAAAUUAAAGUUUUGUUUCCCCAGGUGGCUCGAGCCGACGGUGCUGAUGUUUCUCAUCUUGGGGGAGAAGCUGGAGUGGGAGCUUGUGAACCCAUUGACUUCGUUGACGUGGGGGAUGUGUUGGCGUUCGGAUUCGAGAACGGGCGAAGAGGUACAAGUUUCUGUGCAGCCCUCAAUCCAUGCACCCAUACCUAUGCUCUUGGACAAGAGGGCAUCAUUCCUGAUGUGAAAAUUGGAGGCAUCAUCUUUGUCUCCUUGGAUGCUGUGGGGUUCUCUCUAACCAAACAGUUGGGCAAACAUACACUCAAUCGAAUGUGGGAUGGUACGGGCGAGCCAGAACAAAUCUUUGUUGAUGGGCACAUUGCUGUCCGUGGUACUGGAAGCAUGGGAAUCAAGUUUUCCCCUAAGGUUAAGGCAACGAUCAAUGUUGACCUUUCCUUAAUCAUUGACGUGGCUCCAAACAGCAGAAACAACGAAAUCGCACCCAACUCACAGGCAUUGAAAGACAACAAUGAUAAUAGUGAAAAUGUGGACUUUGAGAUACUCCUCUCUGGUGAAGCUGGUGUCGUUUUUGAAGUGGUGAGCAGCUUGGGUGGUAGAACAGAGACCCAUACAGUUGACCUUUCGGGGGUUAUCACUGUAGAGGCUGACAUGUAUUUGUAUGUUAGUGGCGAAGAUACAAAGCUCAUGCUUGCUGCCAGUAUCAACGUCAUGCUGGGGGGCAUCUGUGGUAUGACCCCUUAUGCUGCAGUCAUUUGUGAGAUAUUUAGUGGUGACUCUGAAUUAGUAGGUGCCAUUCGAUCCUACGCCGACAAGACUGGAUUUGGAGUUCAACUGGAGCUUUCCGGCUACAUUGGAUUGAAAUAUGACUUUGUGGAAGAUGAGUUCGAUUGGCCUUCUGAUGGCCACAGCUUUAGCUUUGGUGUCACCCUUGGUUACAGCGGAAGCACAAUCAAUGCAUGUGUACAGGUGGAUGGGAAUGAAUCUUGUUUUCGCAAAUGUGACGCUGACAGUCAAUGCGAUGAUGAUCAGUUCUGUGACCUUCUGGGUUUCUGCAUCAAGAGGAAAAAGGUUGCCCAUGUUUGCCACAAGAAUGCUGUCUGCAAAUCUGGCUACUGUGUUGGUGGCUUUUGCUCGGAAUGCCCCACUGUUGAUAGAAGUGCAGGUUGUAUUGCCGAUGCAGAGUUCUGUACUCAGAAGAUAAACAAAAUUGGGUUACGGUGUGAAGCCAAACGAAAUAACGGCCGGGCCUGCCUGGACAAAGUUGCUUGCAAGAGUGAUAUUUGCAGUGGUGGAUUUUGCAGUGAAUGUGCAAGAAUUGACAGUGAGGAAGGGUGUGAUAAUAACAAAUUUUGCUCGCAAACUUUCACUGAUGUGGGCUAUACUUGCAUCAACAAGAGGAAUUUAGGGGGUACAUGCAGUUCAAACAUAGCCUGCAAUUCUGGUCGGUGUGUCAAUGGAUACUGUUCUGAAUGCAGUCAAAUUGAUAGCACCGAUGGAUGUGGAAGCAAUGAGUUCUGCACUCAACUCCCAGGUGCCUUUGGGCACAGAUGCAAGGACAAGCUUGACCUUGGUGGUGCCUGCUUGAAGAAUGUAGUAUGCAAAUCAGGAAAGUGCAAAGGUGGCUAUUGCUCGGAGUGUGACAGAAUUGACUCCACGUCGGGAUGUUCCUCGGGAAAGUUUUGCACACAGCGAACAACUGCAUUUGGGUACCGUUGCGAUGCCAAGCGUGGAUUGGGAAGCACAUGUUCAAGUAAUGUUGCUUGCACCAGUGCUGACUGUGUUGGAGGCUUUUGUUCGGACUGUCGGACAUUGGAUAGCACCAGUGGCUGCUCGAGUGGCAAGUUUUGUACACAAACAGCCUCUCCUGGCUAUCGUUGUCAGAACCAAAAAGGAGAGGGUGGCACUUGUUCCUCCAACAACGCUUGCAGGGACUUUUGUGUUGCUGGGUUUUGCCAGCAAUGCAGCAAUGAUGGACAUUGUGGCACUGACCGUUAUUGUAGUGGGUGGCCCUCAUAUGACUGCAAGAACAAGAAAAACAGAAACAAAAGUUGUGGUGCCAAGAAAGAGUGCAAAAGCAACAAAUGUAAAUUUUGGAAAUGCAAAUAAAUGGAUAAAUGGACCAGCAAUGGAAGAACCGCAACCACCAUCACCUUACCUCACGUACAACAAAAUGAACCAACAAUUUUAAAAGAAAACAAACAACGAAAGAUGAGCCAAUGGCCACAAAAACUCCAGAAAAAGAAUACGCACACGGAAUAAGACGAGCCAAUGGCCACCACCCACAGAAACAUGACACAUAAAAGCAGUUAUUACAUUUCGUUCUCUGCCUCAACCAAAGACUAUAUAAACACGAGAGUCGCUUCAGAC